GUCAUGCAGGGUCAACAAUGGGUCCAUCCUGCGCGCUCUCUGCGUCCCUGUUUGAUUCGGACGUCCCCACCUGCCCUCCAAAUCUGCGGUGAGCCCCGUUUCUAGACCACCGUCAAGGACGGUGGGGAGCGGGGAGCCAGCCCCUGGUUUCUGAAGACGGAAACCUCCACUCCCUUUAAAUGCAGAUGAAUCCGUUCUUUCUCUUUCGUCCCAACAAAGCCGCCAAUUAGAUUCCGGAGACAUUCGUCUUCCUACCUUCUUUCUCCGCUCUCCUUUCCUCCCUCUCAUCUCAUAGCAACCAUACCAAACGCAAGUUUCUCUCUCGAGCCUCUUCCUCCGCAUCUCUCGCUUUGUACUCUCUCUUUUUGAGACAAGGAGGGAAAUGGAUACCAAGAUCGGGCAGGUGGACGUGUCCAGGCCCAUGAGUAACGACGUGGGCGCGCCGCCCUGUUCCAACUCCGUGGCGGUGGUGCAGAACUCCGUGUGCCCCGUCUCCUCCGAUUCUACCCUCGGCCGCCAUCUUGCCCGACGCCUCGUUCAGGUCGGCGUCUCCGACGUCUUCUCCGUUCCCGGUGAUUUCAACCUCACGCUGCUCGACCACCUCAUCGCCGAGCCAGCGCUCAACGUCAUCGGAUGCUGUAACGAGCUCAAUGCCGGGUACGCCGCGGACGGUUACGCUAGGGCGAAGGGCGUGGGCGCCUGCGUUGUUACGUUCACCGUCGGCGGGCUUAGCGUCCUUAACGCCAUCGCCGGAGCCUACAGCGAGAACCUGCCGGUCAUCUGCAUCGUCGGUGGGCCGAACUCCAACGACUACGGCACCAACCGCAUCCUCCACCACACCAUCGGCCUUCCGGACUUCACCCAGGAACUGCGCUGCUUUCAGACGGUCACCUGCUUUCAGGCGGUUGUGAACAAUUUGGACGAUGCCCACGAACUGAUCGAUACUGCGGUCUCCACUGCUUUGAAAGAAAGCAAACCGGUUUACAUCAGCAUAGGCUGCAAUUUGUCGCACAUUCCACAUCCGACUUUCAGUCGAGAGCCGGUUCCUUUCUUCCUCGCUCCAAAAUUGAGCAACCAGAUGGGAUUGGAAGCUGCAGUGGAAGCGACGGUGGAAUUCCUGAACAAGGCUGUGAAGCCGGUCAUGGUGGGCGGCCCGAAACUGAGAGUUGCCAAGGCCGGGAAGGCGUUCGUGGAGCUGGCCGAUGCCUGUGGAUAUCCGGUGGCAGUGAUGCCGUCUGCCAAGGGGUUGGUGCCGGAGCACAUCCCUCACUUCAUUGGCACUUACUGGGGUGCUGUGAGCACUGGGUUCUGCGCUGAGAUUGUGGAGUCGGCAGACGCUUACCUCUUCGCAGGACCAAUAUUCAAUGACUACAGCUCCGUCGGUUACUCAUUGCUGCUGAAGAAGGAGAAGGCGAUCAUCGUUCAACCAGACAGGGUAGUGGUCGCCAAUGGCCCCGCUUUCGGCUGCAUCCUCAUGAAAGAUUUCUUGAACGCCUUGGCAAAGAGGUUGAAGCGGAACACAACCGCCUACGAGAACUAUUAUCGGAUCUACGUUCCUGAAGGCGCUCCUCCGAAGGCUUCUCCUAAUGAGCCUUUGAGGGUCAAUAUCCUUUUCAAACACGUACAGGAAAUGUUGUCCAGCGACACUGCCGUGAUCUCUGAAACAGGGGACUCCUGGUUUAACUGCCAGAAGCUUAAACUGCCAAAAGGGUGCGGGUAUGAGUUCCAGAUGCAGUACGGUUCAAUCGGUUGGUCUGUUGGUGCAACGCUCGGAUAUGCACAAGCUGCAAAGGACAAGCGUGUGAUUGCGUGCAUCGGCGACGGAAGCUUCCAGAUGACAGCACAGGAUGUGUCAACCAUGCUGCGGUGCAAUCAGAAGAGCAUCAUCUUCCUCAUCAACAACGGAGGCUACACGAUAGAAGUGGAGAUCCAUGACGGACCUUACAAUGUGAUAAAGAAUUGGAACUACACAGGUCUUAUUGACGCCAUAUACAACGGAGAAGGAAAAUGUUGGACUACCAAGGUGCACACAGAGGAGGAGCUGAAAGAGGCAAUAGCAACAGCAACCGGCACAAAGAAGGAUUGUUUCUGCUUCAUUGAGGUGAUUGUUCACAAAGAUGACACCAGCAAGGAGCUCUUGGAAUGGGGGUCUCGCGUCUCUGCUGCAAACAGCAGACCCCCCAACCCUCAAUAACUUAGCCCCUGCUUAGCGCCCCCCAAGUUUUGUCUUCUAUUCGGUUUCCAGAGAGCGUGACGAGAUCUAAAACCGCCGAUGGUAAAUAACAGCUGCAUGUAUUGCUUCGAUUUCCAAUGGGAAGUCCUAGAAAAACGAAAGGAACUUUGUUUGCGGUCACAGCUUAUGUGUUUUUUUUUUUUUUUUUUUUCCAUAUUUUUAGUGGGCAAUGCUACGCGCUUAUGUGUCGUUGGGUUUGCUUCAAAUAGAAAUCUUUCACAUGCUCUCCUGAUCCCUA